AUGAUCGAGUUCUCGCGCGAUUUGAGAUGCUCAACCGCUUGGGCGGGUCGUUUGAAUGCGAGCGAGUCGCCGCUGGAAGGAAGUUUUUGGUUUUGUGUGAUCCUGGUGGAUAUGGAAGAAGAGAAAGUGGCAUUUGAGUCUCCCGGUGAUGCUGACGCAAGAAAAUGGGAUACAAUCUCUUCAAACUUAAAUGACUUAUGCAUUCAUCUCAACUCCAAGAUCUCAAAUAUCAAAAGGACACUUCAGUUGAGAAAAAUAGACAAAGAUCCAUCUUUGAAGACAGUGCUAAGUAAGGUAGUCCACGAAAUGUUUCUCUUAAACAGCCUCCUCAAUAAAUUGGAAGAGGAAUAUUGUCAUCAGAAGAGACUGCAGAAAAAACUCAAGGAUCUGCAAGAGUCAGUGGAGAGGGACUACCUAGAAGCCCAGCAUCUUGAAGAAAAUGUGCCAAUCUACCUUCCCCAGGCUGCGCAAGUCAGUUCGAUCGGCGGAACUCUAAAGGAGAAGGAACCGUGCAAAGCUGAGGAGAAUAAGCCUGCAAAAAAGUCAGCCAAAAAGUGCAUCAGAGAAGCACCCUUCAUAACAGAUGAGGAGUUUGAGAGCAUUCCCUCGUACAUGAAAGGCCGCCUGACCUGCAGCCACGUGAACGCGGUCAUCACAGAGAUCAACAAAGCUGUGGCUAGCAAAUACAGCAUCAUGCGCCAGCCUCUUAAAAGCCUGGUGAACACAACCCGGAACCUCUAUUUCCGAUUCCAGGAAGAAGAAACCAAAGACACAAAAGGCGAAUAUUUUAUUGUGGAAGCUGAUAUCGAAGAGUUCACCCAGCUGAAGGCUGACAAACGUUUUCACAAUAUCCUGACGAUCUUGCGACAUUGCCACCGAGUGCGGGAAAUCCGAGGAUCGCGACUUGUCCGCUAUGCGAUCUGCUAAUUUUCUUUUUCUCCCCUGACAAUGCUGCUGCUUUGUUUUCUUUCCUUCCUGCCAUUAUUAUUAGAAAAGAUGGGUUUUUGUUGGCAUUAGUAAAAUGUUCGUUGUGGGACAAAGAUUUUUAGCUUUUUGCCGUGAUGAAGGCAGCGGAACCAAUACCCCAGCUUUUCCUGCCAUCUCCUCAUUCCCCUUUAAUUUUCUACUUGAUGAGUUUAAUUUGAGUUUAAUUUUAAUUUGGCAACAGGAGAAGCGUAAUAGAUGAAGUGUUUGAAAUGUGAUUUGCUCAACAUCUUUGGAAUUACUAGAACUAUGGAAGAAGUUGUGUGUUGCUAAUAAAUCAAAGAAGGAAUAAAUGUGCAAAAGAACUCUGCUGGCUCGUAUUUGAGUGUGAAUAUGAGGUUUUUGG